GGGGAUGCCGUGUGAAUUGUGAGUGGUAUUGGAUUAUGGAUACGCCAUUCAGUCUCGUACAGGCGCGGGCGUCGAAAGACUUGCCGGCCUUGCUCCUCAGCUCACGGUAAUUUCAACCGUUCUUCUAUAGCAUUAAUGCAUAUAUUCGUGUGAGUGUUGUGGUGUUUUUUAAAAUGAGCGAAGACAAUGCCGUGACGAACGAUUUGAAACGGCAGGCUGCUAUGUUCUACAAUUCUACGGAAAGAGAACAAAUAAGAGAGUACGGCACGGACAGUUCAUCAUGGAGGUUCUGGCAGAAGCGUCGCCUGGUGGUGGCUCUUCUGGCGUUCCUCGGCUUCUUCAACGUGUACGCUCUCCGCGUCAACCUGUCAGUCGCCGUCGUCGCCAUGACGGAACCCGUGGAGACGGAACUUGAAAAUGGCACUAUAGUAUUUGUGCCAGAGUUCGACUGGAGUUCUCAAACAAAAGGUCUGGUAUUAAGUUCGUUCUUCUACGGUUACCUGAUCACCCAGCUGCCUGGAGGGUGGCUUGCAGCAAAAAUUGGAGGUAACAGAAUGUUCGCGAUCGGCGUGGGCGCAACAUCACUGUUCACUUUGUUCACACCGCCGCUGGCACACACCAGCACCUCUCUACUCAUCGCUGUCAGAGUUAUUGAGGGACUGUUUGAGGGUGUAACAUACCCGUGUAUCCACGCUGUGUGGGCACAAUGGGCUCCGAGCGAGGAGCGCGCGCGAUUGGCGACGUUUGCGUUCAGCGGCAGCUACGUGGGAACCGUGGUGUCCAUGCCAAUAUGCAGCCUGCUCGCCAAGUACACUGGCUGGCCCGGUAUCUUCUAUGUGUUCGGGUUGAUCGGCUUAGUGUGGACGACAGUGUGGUGGCUGGUGGUGAAGGAGUCGCCUGAAAGCGACCCUCAUAUAACUGCGGCUGAACUGAAAUAUAUUCAGGAGACUCGCGGCGGUCGUUGUACGAGCGGGUUGAGCGUGACGUCACACCCGUGGCGCGCGAUGCUGACGUCACGGCCGGUGUGGGCCAUCGUGGUGGCGCACUUCGCCGAGAACUGGGGCUUCUACACGCUGCUCACGUUCCUGCCCACCUUCAUGCAAGAUGUGUUCAAGUUCGAGACAUCGCAGACGGGCUGGCUGUCGGCGGUGCCGUACUUGGCCAUGGCGAUGGUGCUGCAGGUGUCGGGUCACCUGGCCGACUGGCUCAUGGUGCUGGGCGUCACCUCGCGGACCAAUGUGCGCAAGUGGUUCACCUGUGGCGCGUUCAUUGCUCAGACGAUCUUUAUCGCGGCGGCCGGGUACGCCAGCACCGUCUCUGCGUGUGUGGUGUGUCUCACCAUCGCUGUAGGACUCGGAGGAUUCGCCUGGUCCGGAUUUAGUGUAAAUCACUUAGACAUAGCGGCUCCUCACGCCAGCGUACUGAUGGGAUUGUCCAAUAGUGUGGCAACACUACCCGGUAUUGUCAGUCCACCGCUAGCGGGCGCCAUCGUCACUGAUAAGGCAGCAGAACAAUGGCGUAUCGUUUUCUUCAUAUCGAGCGGUAUAUAUCUUUUCGGAGCCGUGAUAUACUUCCUGUUCUGUUCCGCGGAGCGACAGCCCUGGGUUAUUGAAGCUAAUAACGAUCCCAGUUUCGAUACUGACGGGGCUUCAAGUAGAGGAUACGAUAACAAGGCUAUGGAUAGGAACUCUGAAAUGUGAAUGUGCCGAUAUAUUUGUAUAUACAAUUUGUUAUUUUAAACGUGAUAUCCCUCGGUUCUCGGAUUAAUUACACAAAUAAAAUUUGUAACCAAAGUUUAUGAACGAUGCGGGACUCGGGUUUCGUCCGAGCGCUAUUCCACUGAGUUAUCCGUUCGAGUUACGUAUCAUUCGUAAAUCCUGGUAUGUCUUGGUGAACUCUCAGGUUGUAGCCGAAAGGUCUCGGUCUCGGGUUCGAGUCCCGCGUCGUUCAUAAAUUUUGGUUACAAAUUAAUUUAAUAUUUGUCCAUAUAUUAUUUUAUGUUAGGUCCGUAUUCCAUAUUAUGUAUUGUAAUAUAGUAUAAUAUAGCCUCUUUCUUGUGUACAAUUAUGAAAGCAGUAACAAAAACAUUUGAUGUACGACCAAGUCUUGGAAUACGUAUCUUAGAUGAAGAAAAAAGCGAUAGGUGCGAGGUUAAUAUUACGAAAUAGGCCAUAUAUGCCACUAUUUUUAAGUUAUAUAUUCAUCAACUUAUCUACAGUAUAUUUAUGUAUUAAUUAGUCUGUUAAUAUAUGCUUUGACUGAUUGCACUGCAAUCGAAAUUACACGAUCAAGCCUUUGAUAAUUUAUAAGUCGAAAUAGAGCCUCUAAUCAACAAUAGACAACCGAUGAAAACAGGCCAGAUUUAUUGCUUAAGUGUGCGUGACAAGCUACAUCUUUCACUCGCGAUUUACAUGUCACUUUGUGUUAGUUGGCGUGCAUUGCUCAAAAUAGAGGUUAACUGUCGACCUCAAGUUUUUCGAUCUUGUCACAGCUGUCACAGUAGACUGUGAUUAUAUCUAGAGAUCUUGACGUAUAAAUGAUCUAAGGAUCAAGCAUUAUACACAUGAUAGUCAAACUCAAAGUCAAAUAAACUAAGCGCUAUUGAAUCGUCAUUAUAAAUAUUUCAUUUAAAUUACUGAUUGUACCAUAUUUUUGGAAAAGUAUACUUCGUGAAAAGAACAUACAAGAAACUUGAUUAAAACGAGUUUUUUACAAUAGCUGUAAAAAGUGUUUUCUUAAUAACAAGAAAAGUGUGUGUGUUCUUAUAUAUGCACGCAAGAAGUUAUACUUCUUUGGCCAAACGAUGCAAAAAUCAUUAAAAUGAUUUAUUCCUCUGAGGUUUUUAGAAAGAACAAUUUUGUAAAAAUCUUGCAAAAAUGGCUUUGACAUUUAGUUGUUAAAUAAUGAAUACGGCUGUAUGGGCUUGAACCCUUUGCCUAUCUUAUAAUGGACGAAAAAAAAAUAACGAAUGAGGCUUACAUUAGAAAAUUUUAGGAACCAACUUCAACCUGUUACUUUUGUGUUACAGUAAUGCGCGCGCAUCUUAUAAUUUUUUCAUAUUUUUAUAACGCGCCUAAAGAAGUAUAACUUUAAAAAUAUUUCACGAGUUUGAAUUUAUUGUUUGUGUGAGGCUGCUUCGUGAGAGCACAGUUUUAUUUACGAAUUUUUAGUAUUUACUGUAGCACAAUAUGUAUCUAUUAUGUAAUAAUUGAUUUUCUAGUGGACUAAAUAUAUUCUUUUUUCAUUAUAGAUAAGUAUAAACUUUACCAGGUUAUGUUGUUCAAAUUAUUAUUGUGUAAUCGUGAAACUGUGGAAAAUAGAUGUUAAAUAUUACAUGAUACAAUAUUAUAACGUUUAAAUUAUUAAAACUUUCGUGAGACAUUAUUAUCUGGUAUCCUUGCGUUUUAUCCUGUAUCCGGUAUUUAUAUAGGUACAUAUAGUAGUAGUUCUUUAUACAUAAAAAACUUUCGUGUGACGUUGUUUGUCCGCGAUGAACUACUGAACCACAUCUAAUAUUGCACACCAAUUGUGCAGUUUCAUCCAACAGUUUUUAUUUAGAUUCAGAUUAAUUGCUAUUUGUUCUAAGAGCCAUAAAACAAUGCGCAAAGUUAUUGAAAACAAAAUAUAUUAGUAUUUCCAUGGCUUUAGCUGGUGUCGGCCAUUUUUGUUUAGAUCAUGAUUUAGAGAACGGGAACAUUAUUUUGUGGAAUUGUUUUUUUUGAAGCAAAUCAUAAUAUCAUAUCGUAAUGUGCCCACUAUUAAUUAAUUCAAAUGCAAUAUUUUUAUUUUGACGCGUUUACUAAAGUCACAAUUUCUCGCACAACUUUGAAAGAGCGGCAAUAUCACAGCACGACUCUUUUAUAAAUCUUGUGUUCUGUUUUCGAUAACCAAGCUUAUUUAUGUAGCAACCUGUAACAUAAACUGCAAAAUUGUUAACACAAGUGGAUAUAGCGUAUCACGUGGCCGCGCCAAGUUUGGCGCCAAAACAGCUCAGCAUAUUGUCAAAGCCAUGAUAUUACAAUUUCACACAACAUUAUUAUGUUGAUUACACUAAUUUAUACAAGUAUAAGAAACUAAUAAGUAACAGAGGCCGAUUCGCUUACAUAACAAUUUGUUAAUUACACUAAUGUUUAACUAAAAGAUAAUGACUAUACAAUAAAACCAAGAAACAGACCAAUCAGAGACGGCCUCCUAAACUAACGACCAGUAAAAUUGUCAAAAUAUCAUUGUUUUACAAUAUCACUAUAGUGUACCCGUGACAUUACAAUGUCACUAAAAUCAGGGCGUUAAAUUGUAAGAAAUGAAGUCGACUGACAAUUUAAGGUUUAUUUAUAAUAUCACAGCUUUGACAAUAUACCUGCCAUGUACACUUGCAACUUGUAACAUUGCAACGCAAUAUUGACAGACUUGCGCCGCAAUGGUGUGCAAAAUACGUCAACGAAGAAUCUCAUAGUUAAAAAUGAUCGUUGUUUAUUUCAUUUUAAAAACAGAAAAUAGUUUAAAAAAUACAAAUAAAAUGUAAUAUUUUUAUUGGUUAAUUUGUAGCUUGUGAGAGAGUUUCCGGAGUUGUUGUUAUAUAUAUAUUAUAUGCGUUGUUUCACGUCGACCCUUCCGAUUAAUACUAAAUAACUAAUUACUUUAAUAACUAGCUCGUGGUCCUUAAGUCACCUGUAAGGCGACAUGUUUAACCUGGCUACACGUGACAACGUAAUAUGAGGUGAACGUGAACGUUAGUCAACGCAUAGUGAAAGUAAAAAGUACUAAUUUUAUAUAAAAAUUCACUGUCAAAAUCGUGUUGUGUCAUGAGAACACCAAACAGUUUCGUGUACGAUACGCAUAAAUACGAGUGGUACGCUAGCGUUUCUGAUUUCGCCAAACGUUCCCAAUUAUAUUUUUUUUAUUAGGUAAGCUUACAGCCACAGAGUACAGCUAAAACAUAUUAAUAAACAUAAGACCAAUUAAUUAGAAGCUGCCACAUAUGGAAAAACAAAAAUUAUUUCAAACUAUAUAAAAUUAUAUCUAACGACAUUUUUUGAAAGUGUUACAAUUUAGCUUAUAAAUAAAGUUUAAUCUACCGCCAACAUAUAUUAUUUACUAAGUGCACAUCUAGUACUUUUAUGUUACUAGCAAAUAUAAAAUUUUUCCAUUAAUUCAGUUAAUAGAAAACAAAUUGUAGAAUAUAGAUUUUAAAAUAGAGAUAUUAUAUCAAUAUCUUCGCCAUUUGUGAUCGGUUUUAAAGAUGUAUGAAAUGUCAGUUUUUAAAUAUUUAAAUGUAAAACGCUAUAUUUGUGAUUUAAUGAUGCUUAAGUCUGUAUCACAAUAUUAUGAUAAAUGAUAGAAAAAUUCUUAAUGAUAUAAAUGUAAUUAAAUGAGUGAUGUGAAAUUAUUAUUUUAGCUUAGAUAAAUCUAAAUCUAGCUUGUAAUUUGAAUUUUUAUCAAAUUUUUUAAUUUGCAUUGUACGUUGUAAUGGAAUUUUAUGUAUUAUAAUAAUAUGGGUGACUCUAUUGUCAAAGUCGUGAUAUUACAAUUAAAUGGUAGAUUGUCAAUCGACUUCAUUUCUUACUACUUAACGACCUGGUUUUGGAGACAUUGUAAUGUCACGGGUACACUAUAGUGAUAUUAUAAUAAAUCUAUAUAAAGGUAUAUCACGUCGAGCGUUCUGAUUAUUCAAUUCAUUUUUUUUAACGAAAUUUGCAAGACAAUACUAGAAAAUAAACAUUGGAGAGUGUAUGCAAUUGUCCGUCUGAAAUCAUUGUUGAAAUAAUAGUGAACUAGGGCCGAUUCGGUUCUGGCACUCGCCGGUCGCUGCCGCGGCACGCUACGCUCUGCUCAUGCGUUGUGUCAGUCUAAAUUUGGUUUUGAACUCUAAUAAUUAACAGAGGCCGAUUCGCUUACAUAACAAUUAGUUAAUUACACUAAUGUUUAACUUAAAGAUAAUGACUGUACAAUAAAAACAAGAAACAGACCAAUCAGAGACGGCCUCCUAAACUAACGACCAGUAAAAUUGUCAAAAUAUAAUUGCCUUACAAUAUCACUAUAGUGUACCCGUGACAUUACAAUGUCACUAAAACCAGUCCGUUAAGUUGUAAGAAAUAAUGACGAUUGACAAUAUAAAGUUUAUUUAUAAUAUAACUAGUGAAAUUGUAAUAUCGCGGCUUUGGCAAUAUACCUGCGACGUGUAUAUGAAUACGGGGCGUGGAACGAUAUUAAUAUAGACAAUGUAUGAAAUUCUUACGUAAUAUUUAGUUUAUAAAUGAAAAUUGAAGUCUGUCUGUAGAUUCGCUAUAUCUCUGAAACGGCUGGACCGAUAUUCACUGAAGUUACUUUGGCAGAUAACUCGUAUUAUACCUACAUGGACUUUAUGAAAUAUUCUAGAUUCUUACGUAAAAUAAAAUUGAACAAUAUUAAAUUUAAUAAUCAGAUUCCCGAAAAGUUCAAGAUUCAGUAAAGAAAAACUAUGAGGAGAGAGCUCAUCCAAUAAUAGGUAUCCAUCAUGGUAUUUUUAUGCAACCCGUUUUUAUCUAUAGCUAUUGCCCCAUGUGAUUAAGUAAUUGAACUAUUAUGAAUAAACUUUUAUGCA